AUGGUUAAAGCAAUCACUCAGACAAAGCUUCAAGGCUGGCAAAUAGAAAACAAAAAAGUGGGAGGAAAAUUUGCGAGUGCAAAAUUUAAGCCCUCAGAAGAAAGUGAAGAAAAAGUCAGGGAACUUGAAAACAAGCUCGAACUACUCAAAAUCUCCAACAUAAAAUAAGGAUCAAGAAAUUGAACUCCUUGAGUCCACAAUAAGUACUUUUCUAGCAUCAAUAAUAGAUGAAAAAUCAAUUGCAGAGAGUAUUCCGUUACAGAAGAUAAAAUUCCUAGAAAAGGUCAACAGCGAACUCCAAGGCACAAUUGAUGAAAAGAAGCAAGAGAAUGCCGAAUUAGGAAAAGUGUUGCUUUCCCUUCGGGAAAAACUGACCGGACAUAAGCUUAGUGAAAAGAAGAGAGAAGACGAGUUCUUUGAUUACGUAGAGAAGAUAUUGAAUGAAUACAAAGACAAAAAUGAUACCCUCAAGGCUCAGAAUGAGGAGUAUCUGCAACAGAAAGAUCAAGUUCAAGAAGAAAUUAGCAGGUUGAUUCAGUAUGAGGAGGAGCAGAAAAAUAAGGACAAGAAACCCUCUAGAUAA